AUGGAUCCUUCAUCUCCAACUAUUAAAAACUUUGAUGCAAUAUCAAGACUCCAAAUGAAAGAGCAAACAAUUGAUGAAAUUUAUGGUAUUCCUGAAAAUUUUCUUGAAAUUGAAGUGCGGAAUCCUCAAACGCAUGGUUUUGGUCGUAAAAUGUAUACUGAUUAUGAAAUUACAAAUCUUCCUACGUUUAAAUUAAAACAAUCAUCUGUAAGAAGAAGAUACAGUGAUUUUGAAUGGUUUCGUGAUGUCCUUGAAAGAGAAUCAUCUCGAGUUAAUAUUCCAUCGUUACCAGGAAAAGUCUUCACUAAUCGUUUUUCAGAUGAUAUUAUUGAACAUCUACCACUGUCAUCUUUAAUCCCAAAGGAAGCAAUUGGUGACAAGGUUAAAGAUAUCCAAAAUGUUCAACAGUAG